ACCAUCAACGUCCGCCGGAUAUCAUAGUUCCUAUUAUCAACUCAUUUCCCCUUAAACUACACUUAGUAAAUCAUGUCUGAUAAAUGAUUAACAGCCAUUCUGCGCGUCCUGACCAAUCCGUGUUUUUUUUUUUCAUCGGUAGACCUUGUCGAAAAAACCCUUGACUCCCCUGGGCACAUGAAACUGGACACCCGAGCUUUCGAGGCCCCUCUUUUCCACGCGGAGGAAUACAUUGUUGCUGCUCACAAUGUGGAUGGAGGUGGUCAAGAUGUCUACUAGAAGAAAGAAUUAACCUCAAUUGUAACAACAUAAAGGAAGUCGUGGCACGGGAUUGUUUGGAUACAGACCUGCAACACUGUAUUUAUGACGUUGGUGUUUUUGUAGGAGGAUGUUAAAGGAGUAAAAACACACAUGGUUGCUCCUCUCCGCUUUUAAUGCGCCGUGCUUCAAAUUCUUUCAAGUUUUAUUGUUUUUCCCUACGAGAUUCAACCUUUCUUUUUGACUGUUGGAUGUAAAACAACCGAUAAACAGAGGGUUCUUUAAAGACAGAGGGUUAUGAACGAGCCUCACCAGAGAAUGGCUACAGUGGGAACAGAUAAAGAACUCAGUGACCUGUUGGAUUUCAGUGCGAUGUUUGCACCCCCUGUGGCUAAUGGGAAGAACAGACCAACCACACUUGCUAGCAGUCAAUUUAGUGGUUCAGGUAUGGAAGAGCGUAGUAGUCCCUGGGCUGCUGGAGAGCAGAACAGUCCCUCUUUUAACCAGAACUAUGGAGAAGGCUCACACUACAAUGAACACGAUGGACUAUCUUCCCCAUUCCUUGGCACAGGAGUUAGUGGAAAGAAUGAAAGGGGGCCUUACUCUUCCUUUGGGGGCCAGCCUGGGUUCCUGCCCUCAGACAUCGCCAUGCCUUCUUCAGAUGCCAUGUCUCCAUCCGGACUGAAGCCCGGCUCACAGUUUUAUCAGUCAUACCCCAGCAACCCCCGGAGACGCCCCUCAGAUGGAAGCAUGGAACCCCAACCAAAAAAGAUCAGGAAGCCACCAGGACUGCCAUCAUCAGUUUAUGCCGCCACCUCUGGUGAUGACUAUAUCCGAGAUGGUGCUGCCUACCCAGGCUCCAAACCUGGUUCUGUGUACCCAGGAUCUUUUUACAUGCAAGAGGGCCUACACUCGUCUUCGGACCCCUGGGCCCCCUCUGGAUCCAUAGGCCAAUCGGGAUACACGGCUAUGAUGGGGAAUUCGCCACACAUCAGUCAGCCAGGCACAUUCUCUGCAAUAAACCCACAAGACAGAAUGAACUAUCCCUUGCACGGAGCGGACGUGAAUGGUUUCCAUUCGGGCUCCGCAGCCUAUAGCCACACAUCCGCCAUGAAUGGAUCCGACAGCAUUUUGGCAAGCAGAGGUUCAGUCACAAGCAGCUCAGGCGAUGAGAUCGGAAAAGCUCUUGCUUCGAUCUAUCCUUCGGACCACAACAGCAACAACUUCUCCACUCCUUCCACUCCUGUGGGCUCCCCUCAGGGCAUUGCAGCAGGUGCAGCACAGUGGCCGAGAGCUUCUGGUCAGGCUGCGCUCUCUCCUAACUAUGAGGGAGGACUACAUGCACUGCAGAACAAAAUGGAAGACCGGCUGGAGGAGGCCAUCCAUGUGCUGCGAAGUCAUGCGGUGGGUCAGUCCCCGGGAAUUCCCCGAGCCCAUGCUGACGUGCACGGCCUACUGGGUGCCGUCUCCACAUCCAGUGGAUCUAUCGGGGGUCUCCCUCAGGCCUACUCCAACCCAGGACUACCCCUGAGCAACAGACACCCUGCCAUGGCUGGAAGCCAUCAAGAUGACCGUGCCUGCCUUCCUCCCAGCAGCACCCUGUUGCAGUCCACUCAUGCUUCAGACACCCCACAGCCUGGAGGAGCACCAGAGGGUUUUAGCAGUUUGCCCGGAGGCUUGGCCCCCGCCACGCAUCCCUCAAACAAAUCUGACAUUAAGAGUGAAGACAAGGAAGACGAUGAGAACUCCUCUGUGGCCGAUAAGUCUGAAGAAGAGAAGAAGGAAAGUAAACCAUCUCGCACCAGAACAAGAAAGGAGGUGUUUACCCAUCAAGUCCUUUCAGGUCUAUCAGACCAGGGAGAAGAUCUAGACAAUGAAGACGAUGAGGAUUUGCCGCCAGAGUUAAAGGUGGAGCGGGAGAAAGAGCGGCGAGUGGCCAACAACGCACGAGAGCGACUGCGCGUGCGUGACAUCAACGAGGCCUUUAAAGAGUUGGGCCGCAUGUGCCAGCUGCACCUGAGCAACGAUAAACCCCAGACCAAACUGCUCAUCCUGCACCAGGCCGUCAACGUGAUCCUAAACCUGGAGCAACAAGUCCGUGAACGCAACCUGAACCCAAAAGCGGCAUGUCUGAAGCGACGUGAAGAGGAGAAAGUGUCCGGGGUGGUAGGAGACACUCAAAUGCAGCUGUCCGGACCGCAUCCAGGACUGGGAGGAGAUGGGCGCAUGUGAUCAUGUGAUCAGUGAAAUUUCUUGGGGCUCCUGGAAG